AUGGCGUUGAGUGAAAAGAUCAAUUCAUUGGCUCCCUCACAAAACCCUCUUAGCUCAGCAGUUCUUGCUUGGGAAGAGCAUGCGCAAGAGAAUAUUCGAACAUCCCUCACCUUCGAUAAAAAGCGGGGUUAUUGCCAACAAGUACCCACCGGCGAUACGCAGAUGUUGACGGAGAAAGUUGCUCUGGGAAGCUUUGAGAAGCAGCUCCGGGAACUCCCAAAGGCUCAAAUAUCAUUGGUUAACAAAUAUAGAAUCUCUGGUGAUUCCACCAGGUGGAUCAAAGCAGGAACGGUGUGGCGGAGUCCCUCCGGACUCUGCCCCCGACCACGUUGUUGGUUCGUUUAA